CGAGUGUAACGGAAAUGAUUGAACUAAUGAUCAGAAGAGAGGGUUUCGAUAAACCGUUUACGACUCAUAACUAUGUUUUCAAUAUGUUUGCCCAUGUAUUGGGACAGACCGUUUUUAGUGAAAAGUUCGAGCAAAAGGAUCUGCAAAAGUUUAAAUACUGUUCAACUGAUUUCAUGGAGGACCUGGGCAACAGAUUAUAUUUAUAUGAAUUCGUACCCGUUUUGCGUUUAUUUAUGAAAUAUCCGUAUAAACUAUUUGAACAAUGUUUCGAUGAAAUUAAAGACUACACGAGAAAUAUAUACAAAACACAUGAGAAGACAUACGAUAAAAAUAAAUGUCGAGACUUUUGUGAUGUACUCAUUGCCACUAAAUUGGAUGCAAUUAGUGAGGACAGGGAGUCGGCCCAGUAUUAUAUGGAUGAAAAUCUAAUCUCGGUUAUGGUCAGCUUGUUUUCAGCUGGAAAUGAGACAUCAAGCACAACAUUUCAAUGGAUGAUACUAUUAAUGCUCAUUAACCCUGAAAUGCAUCAAAAGUUGUGUGAUGAGAUUACCGUUAAGCUCAAUGACCGUAUUGCAACAAUAAGUGACAAAGCUCAUUUAGAUUACGUAAUGGCAUUUAUCUGCGAGACACUGCGGUAUAGAAAUGCUGCGCCUAUUGGGGACAAGUAUUCUAUAAAGGAGAAUACCUACCUUGUUGUCCAUCAAUCAUGUAUUUUAAUGGAUGAGAAAAACUGGACAGACGCUGACAAAUUUAACCCUGAUAGAUUUCUGGAUAAUCAUGGAAAAUUUGAUACAGUUAAACCACCGGCAUUUAUACCGUUUAGUACUGGACGCCGCAUUUGCCCUGGUGAACAAUUAGCAAUCAAUAACCUGUUCCUAAUCCUGAACCUGACCCAGCUGUAUUAUUAG